CCAAAACCACUUUGUUCUUUGUUCCUCUUAUUGUUAUCAUUUCUCUUUCCCCUCCUUAUACUAUCAAUGGAUGAAUGUUGUACAAAAGAGAUGCUACAAAAUCAAUUUUCUACUGGUUUAUAUGAUGAUUAUGCGAAGAAGGGUUGUAUGGUGAUCAUGGAAGGUGAUCAUGAUCAUGAUCAUGAUAUUGAUGAUGAUACUACCUACAACCCCACAACAUCUACAUCUUCUAUUGGGAAUUCCACUUCUUCAAACAGAUCAACAUCCUCAUCAGACUUGGUAGAAGAUGCAUCUUCAUCAUGUUCAUCUUCACACUCUAAUGGACCUUUGUAUGAAUUGUCAGAGCUCAUGGCCCAACUACCCAUCAAGAGAGGUCUGUCGAAGUAUUUCCAAGGUAAGUCACAGUCAUUCACAUCUCUAUCCAAAGUGAGGAGCAUAGAAGAUCUUGCCAAGAAAGAAAAUCCGUAUAACAAUAGAAGGAAAAUGAAGGCGUGUAAGAGUUAUGGAGGUGGUUUAGACGCCCACAAAUUAUACACUCUUCCUAAGGCCACUAUUUCUAAGAAGGCCUCACGAGGUUCUUUCUCAUUUACAACUAGAAAAUCCGUUAGUUUCUUAGGUACUAAUAGGCCCCCUCCACUUCCUGGACAAAAGACUUCUGAUGUAUGUGUAUAAUCUUAUAAAUCGUGAUCUUAUAUUUAUAUAUAUAUAUAUAUAUAUAUAUCAUGAUUCAGGCAAAUUGUCUUCUUUUCAAUACGUUAUGAGGAAAUAAAAUAGGAGCAUUUUUGUACCA